GCCGCCGGCGACGCCUCCCGCAGCCCCGACGCGAGCUCCUACCUCCACUCUGAAAGAUGGAUGCAAGAAUGGAAGAAGUGGCCAUAAAGGGACAGGAGGGAAUGAAACUUCUAGCUGAACUUGCGAAUCAGGCUGCUAUCAUGGGAAACCUAGUGCCUGCAGAUGAUGCGGUUAACCAUAGAUGUCGACAUGGUUUCACAUCUCAGAAUGUGCUUGCAGUAUGUGACUUUGACAUGAGGUUUACGUUUGUGGUUGCGGGUUGGCCGGGCUGUGCACAUGAUACAAGGGUCUUGAAUCAUGCAUUAGCACACUUCCCUUCAUUUCCUAUACCACCCAAAGGGAAAUACUAUCUUGUCGACUCUGGGUAUCCAAACCGAACGGGAUACCUUGCUCCUUUUAAGGGGAGUACAUACCAUCUGCUGGAAUUUCGUCUUCGCUGUCAUCGUCCACCUGAAGGGAAGUACGAGUUGUUUAACUUUUCACAUUCAUCCCUUCGAAAUGUUGUUGAGCGUGCUUUCGGGGUACUCAAGCAGAAAUGGCGCAUCUUGAAAGGGGUCCCAAGUUUCUCACCUCGUACACAGAAGCAUAUCAUCAUUGCUUGCAUGGCAUUGCAUAAUUUCAUUCGUGAUAGCAAGUUGAGUGACAAAGUUUUUGAUAAAUGUGAUGCCGAUGAUGAGCAUGUACCUCCAGUGCUACGAAAGGAGGUGGCACCAACACAAGCGGAUCCCGUUGAAGAAGAGGAGAACGAAGAUAGCAUGAACAAUAUUCGUAGUAGGAUAGCUGAUGCUUGUCUUUCCAUGGCAAGAUAA